GAGGGUGAUUAUUGCCGCUUUGAAGCACAAAUUGCACCGGUGAACGAUCCCUACAUGAAAGUUGAAUGGUUCAAAGAUGGGAAACCUGUCCUGAUAGGUCAUCGAUUCCGUUCAGUACUUGAUUUCGGUUUUGCAUGCCUGGAUGUUCUGUAUGCACUGCCGGAUGAUACGGGUGAAUAUACGUGUGUUGCCACAAAUCCAUACGGUAAAGCAACAACAUCUGCGAAAUUGGCUUGUUCGGGUUCCAAACAUAUUAUCACCGAAAGUCAGCUUCCACAGGGUGUUUUGGUUUCUGAUGUUAAGAAACUUGGCGAUCAGCCAUACUGGUCCGAGCAGACCAUGGAGCAACCGCGUGUAAAGGAGGCUCCGAGGUUCACAAUUCGGCCAAUGAAUAUUCAGGCGGUAGAAAACGAACCUGCUCGAUUCGCGUGUGCUGUAACUGGUAACCCGAAACCAAAAGUGAUCUGGUAUAUCAACGGAAAUCAGACUAUACACGGUCACAGGUACAAACUGCAUUACGAUGGUAUCCAUUACUUGACUAUUUCAAACACAAAGAUAUCCGACGCUGGCGAGGCAACCGCGCUUUAUUUUCAGGUGCUUGCUAUUGCAAAGAAUUCAGAAGGCGAAGUACUCGCAUCUGCAAUGCUUGACGUGUAUCAGAAGAAAGAUUUCCGACAUGUAAAAUUGAAGCCGACCUCUUUCAAGACGCUUGAUGAACUUCAUGAGAGAGAAAUUGGAUGGCAAAAGGAAACGCUCGGUUCUCUGGGCGAGGCAUUCGAGAAAGCACCAAAAGCGGAUCAACAGAAGUUGAUGCGAGUGGAACGGGCGAAGGCACCAAUUGAGCCACUCGAAACUGAGGAGCUCAUCGAGAAGUUUACAAGGCCAAAAGAUGACCAGUUCUAUGAUCAGCUUACAUAUGUGGAAACAGCUCGUCCAACUUUCGAAGGUAUGAAAUUGGAAGAGGUGGCGCUGAAGCCAGGACACAUCGAGAAAUAUGCAGCACCAAAAGAGGAAAUGGAGCAUGUGGAACUGAAAGCUGCUCCAAAGGUGGAGAAAGAAGCAAUACCAACUGGUGCUCGUGUGCCAAAGCCACAGUGGGCAGUGGAAAAGAAACUUGGAGAUGUGGAAACUCGUUUCCGCCGACUUCCUGAGCCAGAGAAAGAAGUCGUGAUACCAGCACGUGAUCAGGUGAAAUUCAAAUUGGCGAAGCCAAAACCUGCAGCUGAAUUGCCACUGGCGCAGCAUGUUGAAAUUGAGAAAGAGAAGGCGAGGAGAGCUUCCAUUAAGCAAGGGCCCGAAAUAGAGAAGGAGGUGGAGGUACCGGCAAAGGAUCAAGUAAAAAUAAAGCAGAAAUUCCAGCCGAAAGUCGUAAAACCUGCCGAGGCACCGGUAAUUGAGAGUGGUCCGUUGAAGGAAACACCUGCUGUUGUGAAAGGGUAA